UAGAAACAGUUAUCAACAAAACACAAGCAAACGUUUAUGCGUAAAGGUUGAUACGAAGCGAGCGUCAUUUAAGAAUUGAGUGUGAGCUAAAAACAUGUCGGUACCUUUCUGCAAAACUCACCUGCGGAUCCCGCGAGGGUUCGGGUCCAUCCUGGAGGGCUUGGCCCGGGAAGUCCUGCGAGACCAGCCUAAAGACAUUCCCAAAUAUGCUGCACAGUAUUUCGAUGCUCUUCUCAAGCAAAGAGAAGACAGUGGGAUGGACCCAGCUGAGUGGGCAGCUAAACUUGAAGACAUGUACCACAACAAUGCAUUUAAGGCUCCUGAGGCUAUUCCUGAAAAAUAUCCUGCAACAGAAGUGACGGUGUCCAACGAGCAAUCAAAGGUUCACCAAACGGAAGAUGAAUACAGUUUGGGAGAAACCUUCGAUCUUUCCACUACGCACGUCAGAAGCUCUGAGGAAGUUGAUUUAUCUGCAAGCACAGAAGAAUAUGAGGAAAAAGAUGACAUCGCGGAGAAAGGCAUUAUUUUACCGGAAAAGGGAAUUUCAGAAGAGGAAACAGUCAUUAUGCUCCCAGCUUUAGAUGUACAGCCAGAUUGUUUGAACAGAAUAGAAGAAAAGGACCCAACAACUAAUACGUUUGAUCAAGUUGACAGGGCAGCUAAUGGAAAAGAUAGCAGCUUGGCUUCCGACCAAGAUAUGCCCCAGUCUGAGUUAGAGCCCACUGACGUGUUAUCAUUCAGAGCGAUUAUGAACGUAGAUGUGUGUGCUCAGGAGUUGGCAGAAGAUGAAGGCGGUGAUCAACAAGAGACUGCAGUCACCUCGAUUAUCUUUUUCAAAGAAUAAGAAGGUUUUCUUUUCACCGCUUCAAACAUUUUCUAUAAAUCUGAUCUUCCGGAAGUAGGCAUGCAGUGAUUCAACUUUUUUUCCAGAUGCAUUUGGUAGAGCUUUACUUCAUGAGACAUUGCUUCAUAUGUGCUGUUGUUAUGUUCGACUUGUUUGACAUGUUGAAUCAGGUAUUUGAAAUCAUUUUAUCAAAGUCGACCCAGCUGUCUUUCUUGAAAACUAUUUUAUUAGUACUGAACUUUGCUGUGGAGUCCUGUCAUUACACAAAUAAAUCCACCUGAAAAAUA